AUUCUCGUGCGGGUAGCCGCCUCGGCCGCGCGCGACGAUCCUAACCUCACUUCGCCAUCGGCGCAGCUGUAAACACAAGAGUGCAGUGGGCCGGAGAAUAUCGGGCCGUCUGCUCCGGGAAUCCGUUUUUUUCUUCACAUGGCCGCUCGACCAUUGUUACCACUGCUGUCUCGAGCCGACGACUCGCCGCCGGCUGUGGAGAGAGAUGCUAGAUCGAGUGUUAUUGAAGAAAAAAAUCACAUGCCGACACACGCACGUCUGCAGAUUUCGUUCGCAGCUGCAAGGUCAUAUUUCCAGCGAGUGUUUUACGCGCACACGAUCCUACAUAUCCGAGAGAGUCAUGAGACAAUGUGUAUUUAAAGAAAUAACACUCAUUAUCUGGAAUCCUAAUGUUGAAUAAUCAUGCGGACUUGUUUUCCGUUUUCUCUUAAGUAACAACAGUUUUAUUUUUCUUGAAUUUUGUGGUAACCAGCAGCCCCUUGGACAUUAGAAUGCACAAUGCAGAGUCCAAAACAAAAUAUAAACAAGAUACAAGUGAACUACGUCGAAGAAAAUCAAAAAGAAGAGAAUCUUCUCAUAGAAGAAAAAUGGUGGGUUCAGGUAGCGGUGAACCGCUUGGUCAAGACCUGGCCGACGUUAGGAUGGAGCUACUGGACCUCGAUUCAGAGGAUGACAAUAGCGAAGACUUGGAUACCAAGUCUUUGAUAUCCUCUCCUCUACCCAAUGUAUCCAUCCCGAAAGCCAAUGGCAUUACGAGAGAUUCAGAUGCAUCCACCGAGGAAGAAAAUGUUUGGUCUAUCACCAUUCAAAUGUUCAUUCCAUUUUUACUCGCAGGUUUUGGAAUGGUGGCUGCCAGUUUACUUCUUGACGUAGUUCAGCAUUGGCUAGUAUAUCGAGAAGUUUCAGAGGUCUACAUUUUAGUUCCAGCUUUAUUAGGUUUAAAAGGAAAUUUAGAAAUGACUUUGGCCUCUCGACUUUCUACACAAGCAAAUCUUGGGCACAUGGACACGAAGAAACAGCAAUGGAGUUUAAUUGUUGGAAAUUUGUCUUUGAUACAAUGCCAAGCCAUGGUGGUUGGAAUGCUUGCAUCAUUAGCAGCAGUAAUUCUGGGAUGGAUUCCUGAAGCUCAUUUUGAUAUCCAUCAUGGAUUACUUCUUUGUGCUAGUUCGUUAGUAACGGCAUCUAUUGCCAGCUUACUACUUGGUUUAGUAAUGGUAGCUGUAAUACUCUUCUCCAGACAUAUGAACAUUAAUCCUGACAAUGUUGCAACACCAAUAGCUGCCUCUUUGGGAGACUUGACAACUCUAGCUCUACUUUCUUGGAUAUCGUCUAUUUUAUACAAUUCAAUUGGUAGUGCAUCGUGGAUUGCACCAACUUUGAUAGUUUGUUGCAUCUUAGCCACUCCAAUUUGGGGCUACAUUGCUGCGAAAAAUCCUUUCACCAAGGAAGUUUUAGAUCACGGCUGGACACCUGUGAUAUUUGCCAUGCUGAUUAGCAGUGCUGGCGGUUUGAUCCUGGACUACACGAUUUCGAGCUACAAAGGUAUAGCAGUCUUUCAACUGGUUAUUAAUGGUGUUGGUGGUAACCUUGCUGCUGUACAAGCUAGUCGGAUCUCUACGUCGCUGCAUUUACAGCAAAAUUCAAGUGGUGCUACUGAAGUGCCUGUUGUCUGUGUAAAUCCUUUCCAAGUAUUUUUUGCCUCAGGAGGACACGCAAGGACGGCAAGAGUGCUUUUAAUGAUGGUCAUUCCUGGUCACUUAAUUUUUAGUUAUACAAUUAGUUGUUUACAAGCUGGGCACACUUCCUUCACUCCUAUAUUUAUGACAGUUUACUUAACUGCUGCACUAUUGCAGGUAAUUUUAUUAUUAUACAUUUCUCAAGUAAUAGUUGUUUGGAUGUGGACAAAAGGUAUAGAUCCUGACAGUUCUGCCAUUCCGUACUUGACGGCUGCGGGUGACUUGAUUGGAACGGCUCUACUCGGUAUAGCGUUUCAUAUCCUCAACGCUAUUGGUGAUGGGGACUCCGACGUUGGAGACUGAACGCAAAGAAGUCAAAUUAUUUGAAGUAAAAAAAUAAUGAAAGUUAUGGAAUAUUGUGUCAUAUCUAUAUAUAAUACCUAGGCGCAAAAGAGACAGUGAUAGAAGUAUACUAAGUUUUUGUACGUCGCGUCGUACAAAUAAAUCAUCACAAAACGCAAUCUACAAAAAGACAAGAUCAAAAGAGAAAGAGUGUCACGGUCGGCGUACCUGAUCUAACGGUGAAGAACAAGGGAAUCAUGGUAUUAUUAAUUUUGUGGCAUUACUUUAUCAUCAAAGACUUAAAAUUUUAAGAUUUAUUUUAUAACUCUAUUCAUUGAAAUUGUAAAUAAUUGUUUAUCUAUUUCGUACUCAUAUCUCUAAGUAUUACUUGUUGUAUCGUUCGAACGAACGAGCGUCGACUCGAGCAACUCGAGCACAUCAGCUCAAAAUUCGAAUACAGAAUUUGUUACAAAAAAAAAUAUUGAAGCAGCAAACUGUA